AAUUGCAAUUUUACACAAAAUAAUGGACGAAGAAAAGUAUAAAGAAUGCAAAAAGACAAUCAAACUUUGGGAAAAACAAUUUAAACUCAAAAAUGGUCGAAUUCCAUCAAAACACGAUUUCAAAGAAGCAGAAAAGCCUAUCCAACUUGCUUAUCGAACGUAUUGUCGUCUAAAACAUGCUUUAUUGGAAGAAACACUCCGAGAUGUUCUGGAUGAGGGCGAAAUGACGUUGGAUGACGACUGCAUGGGACUUGAUGUUUCGCAAAUCGACGAUACCGAGUCCCUUGCUCCUUUUGAAUUGCCUCGAGAGAUUCCAACAACAAUUUUCGAAGAACCUCCGGAGAAAAAAGAAUUCGAAGCUGAAGGAGAUAUCAAUCAAAGUAACGUUUGGGCAACGAAUUUGAACAAAAAACCAAAGAAAACGGAGGAAAAGAAGAAAAAGGAAGACUUUAAGCUUCAAAUGCCCAAAUUGAAUGCGACAAAAAGCUUUUCCAUGAGAAAUCCGAGAAAAAGUUUCAAUCGAUCGAUCUCAAAAACGAGCAGUACUUCGAGUUUCAACUUGAGUCAAGGAACGGAAGAAGCUUUGCCUGAUUUGGAAACCAUUCUUUUGGAAAAAUCGAGACGACAUGAUGACGAAAACAUAGCAAAGAACGCAAAUUUAGUUCAAAAUGAGAAACAACAGCUCGUUAAUACGGUCGACGUUGCUUGGUUAAAUCGCAGAGACCCGACAAACAGCGUUCCUAUAACAGAAAAACCUUCAACGCCUUCGUCUUAUGGCUUAACAAACGUUCCUGUCGCAAUUCAAGCUCAAAGCAGUUUCGGAAUGUCAUCUUUGAAGAUCAAUUCAGGACUUCAAAACACUUCUGUGGUACAAGAAGAGAAAAAAUUCAACCAAUCCGAUGAUGAUUCUGAAGUUAUUCCAAAUAGCGAUGACGAACAACUCGAAGCCAUCAAGAAUCGACGCUCAAUUCGACAUGUAAUGAAACGACGACGCCUCAAUGAAAGUGUUAAAUCGCAAAAAGAAGCAGAAAUUGUGCAAAAACCUCCUGAAAAAGAGAAAACUCCUUCGCCUGAGAAGAAAAAAAAGGUUGAGAAGCAAAAAACUCCCAUGAAAACUAUUCAAAGGACUCCAACACGAAGAAGUACGAGAGUUAAACCGGGUCAAGUAACGUAUCAACAACCAAUUAUGGAAUACGAGGAGGAACAAGAAGCUGAUCCGUUCGCGUGCGACGAUGAUUCUGACAAAGAUCCCGAGUUCAAAGACGAAAAUGAGGAAAAACAGAUCGAGAUCAAGAAAAAAUUGGAAGCUAAAAAGGAAAAAGUUGAAAAAACGGCAAAAGUUAAGAAAGAAAGAAAGGCGAAAGUUGUCAAAGAAAAAGUCUCUAAACCAACAAAAAUUGGAGGAAGAGUAACUCGAAAGUCAUCAAAAGCAUCAAAAAUUAGUGAUAAAAUGCCUGAAGAGGAAAAGUCUGAAGAACAAAGCUUGAACGAAAGUAAAGAAUUCACGGAUUACGUUCUCGAGUUCGGAAUUGAACACGCAGAAAAUGUUCCGAGAAUCGAUUCUGACACGCUUCGACAAACCCAAAACGUUAUAGAAGAAUUUAUCUGCUCUGAACCUUCAUCAAAGCCAUCAAAAGUUGCUUCUUCAGCAUCAACCAAACCAUUAACAGGCAAAAACUCCGCCGCUCGAGCCAAAUUAGAGAAAAAAAUCGCUGCAGGCAGCUUGAAUGAAAAUUUCGUUCGACUCAACAUGAAGAAAAAAGUUUUUGUGCGCGGUAAAAAAGUCUUCAAUUUCAGUCGUCACAAAAAAUCCUUGUGGAAAAAGAAGAAAGCAGCUGCUCUCGCAGGUCCCGAAAUGGAUAUGGGCGGAUGUGAUGGCGGCGUGUUGACUUGUUUCAAUUGCGGAAAUGUCGGGCAUAUGGCACGUCAAUGCAAAGUUAAAGGAGAUGGUUUGUUACCGAUGAACGGCGUAGAUGAAGAAGAAGCUUCUCCGUACCCGACUUUAGAAGAAGCAGAAAAAAUGACAGAAAAUCAAAAGUUACUUGCACACGCGAGAAACCCAAAUGCCUUGCCAAAAGUCAAAAAUAUGAAGGUUGACGAGGUUUUGGUUGAAGAAACAGAGACUGAAACGGAUAUGGAAUACGAAGACAUGGAUAUGGGAAGUGACUUUGAAGAUGAAACUCCGUCACAAGAAACGAAAAUUGCUCCAAAAAUCAUCCCUGAAGACUUUUUGAAGUUGGUUGACAGUAUCGAAACGACAGCAGGCAAAGAUGAAAUCCCUCCGAUGUACGAUCCGAACAAAAUUAUUGAAACUCCGGAUGAAGUUCAUGAAGCUUUAAAAAGUUUUGGGCAUCAACGUUUCCGUCCGGGACAAGAACAAGCAAUUAUGCGAAUUUUGUGUGGCAAAUCGACACUUUUGACGUUAUCAACUGGUUCAGGAAAAUCUUUGUGUUACCAACUUCCCGCUUAUUUGUACAAAAAACAGUUCAAACGUUGCAUCACGUUGGUCAUCUCUCCCUUAGUUUCGCUCAUGGAAGAUCAAGUUCAUGGAAUCCCGAGUUUUUUGAAUGCUCAAUGUCUUCAUACGAAUCAAACGGAAAAGCAACGCGAGAAAAUCAUGGAAAUGGUGAAAGAUAACACACUCGAUGUUUUGCUUGUGUCACCCGAAGCAGUUGUUGCGGGAGAAAAAGCGACGGGAUUUGGAGCUCUACUGCGUCAAUUACCUCCGAUAGCGUUUGCGUGUAUCGACGAAGCUCAUUGUGUGUCGCAGUAUGGGCAUAAUUUCCGUCCCAGCUAUUUGAUGAUUUGUCGUGUGUUGAAGGAAAAGUUGAAAGUUCGAACGAUACUUGGAUUGACAGCAACUGCAACGAAAAGCACGAGAGAGAGCAUUAUAACACAUUUAGGCAUACCUGAUGGAAAUAACGGCGUAAUUUCAGACAUCCCAUUGCCCGACAACUUGUUUCUUACAAUUUCAAAGGAUCAUCACAAGGAUAUGGCAUUAAUCGAAUUGAUCAAAAGUGAACGUUUUGCUGCUUGUAACUCAAUUAUCGUCUAUUGCACGCGUCGUGAAGAAUGUGAACGUGUUGCUUCUUUCAUCCGUACGACGCUUCAAGAUACUUUUGUGCCUCCGGAAUCGACAAAACGCAAACGUGUCAAUUGGAUCGCCGAGCCAUAUCAUGCUGGAAUGGCAGCAAGUCGUCGACGAACAAUCCAAAAAGCUUUCAUGUCGGGAGAAUUACGUGUUGUAGUUGCUACCGUUGCUUUUGGCAUGGGAAUCAACAAAGCUGAUAUUCGGGCUGUGAUUCAUUACAACAUGCCAUCAUCUUUUGAGAGUUACGUGCAAGAAGUUGGGCGUGCAGGACGUGAUGGAUUACCCGCGCAAUGUCAUUUGUUCCUCGAUGCAAAGGGAAAUGAUCGAAAUGAACUCCGGAGACAUAUUUACGCAAACAGCAUCGAUCGUCAUGUCAUCCGAAAAUUACUUCAAAAAGUUUUUGUGCCUUGUGCGUGCAAAAAUAAAUGCCCGGGGCACGAAGUUUCCUUUUCCGUUGAAAAAACUGUGCAGUUACUCGAUAUUCCUGAAGAAAAUGUCGCCACGUUACUUUGUUAUCUCGAAUUACAUGAACAAAGAUACAUCCAAGUCUUGAGUCGCGCAUAUACGCAAUGCAAAAUUUUGUCAUACGGCGGAUCAGAAGCCUUAAAAAAAGCUGCACAGAAAUGCCCGCCUCUUGCAAUGGCAAUUGCUUUAGAUAUGAAAGCUGGAAUCAAUCACGAAAGCACAACAACACUCGAAUUCGGCGUAAUUGACGUUGCUGCAGCGAUAGGAUGGGAUAGCGGCGUCGUAAAAUAUCACUUGAAACAACUCGAAUGGACUGAAAUCAAUGGAAGACCAAAACGCAGCACAAUUUCCGUGCAAUUUAACGAACUUGGAUUCCGUGUUCGUGCUCCCGGAGAUCUUUCUGAUGAACAAUUAGAUGAAACUUUGGAUUUAUUGCAUCAACGUUCGACUUCUCAAGAAAAAACGCAACUUUUACAACUUCAAGCCACGUUUGAAGCUCUUCAAUCUGUCGCUUUCAACAGUUACCUGCCAGCUACAAAGGCGGAUUGUCCCUCAGAUCCUUCAGACACGCUGAAAAAAAUAAUUCGUGAAUACUUUCAAUCAGAUUCUCUUCCAAAUCCGGAAAAUUUCAACAUGGGAGAUGAUUUUGAGACGCCAGACGAACUCAUUAUCGGCGAUAUUCGUACAAUGAUCAACCGAUAUCCCGAAAAUAACUUUACGGGACGUGCUUUAGCUCGAAUUUUCCAUGGCGUAUCGAGUCCUAAUUAUCCUGCUGUUAUUUGGGGACGUUGCAAGUACUGGCGAGCACACUUGAAAGCAGAUUUUAAUCGAAUUGUGUUAUUGGCGAACGCGGAAAUUGUUCGAAUGAGACUUUAA